AUCCCCCUCCCCAUCCACUCCCCGCCCUCCCCAAGAAUCACCACCACUCCACUCCACCACCUCUCUCACCUCCAGCAGCAGCAGCAGCAGCCAGCCAACAACCGCACCGCAGCAAGAACCAACCAACAGCGACGAACAUAGCGAGGGAGCCAAUGGUGAUGACGACGGCGGCGCAGCAGCAGCGCCGGGACGCGGAGGCGGAGCUGAACCUCCCCCCGGGGUUCCGGUUCCACCCGACGGACGAGGAGCUGGUGGCGCACUACCUCUGCGCGCGGGCGGCCGGUCGCCGCCCGCCGGUGUCCAUCAUCGCCGAGGUCGACCUGUACCGCUUCGACCCCUGGGACCUCCCCGAGCGCGCCCUCUUCGGCCGCCGCGAGUGGUACUUCUUCACGCCGCGCGACCGCAAGUACCCCAACGGCUCCCGACCCAACCGCGCCGCGGGCUCCGGGUACUGGAAGGCGACCGGCGCCGACAAGCCCGUGGAGCACAGGGGCAGGACGGUCGGCAUCAAGAAGGCGCUCGUGUUCUACCACGGCAAGCCGCCCCGUGGGGUCAAGACCGAGUGGAUCAUGCACGAGUACCGCCUCGCCGACGCCGGCGGCGCCCGCGCCAAGAAGUCCGGCAACGGCACGCUCAGGUUGGAUGACUGGGUGCUGUGCCGGCUGUACAACAAGAAGAACGAGUGGGAGAAGAUGCAGCAGCAGAAGGAGAAGAAGGAGAUGGAAUCGGAGGCGUCGCUCUCGCACUCCGACACGCGGACGCCGGAGUCGGAGAUCGACGACGACCCGUUCCCGGAGCUGGCCUCGCUGCCGGCGCUCGACGACAUGGUGGGUCUAGCCCCGGCCGCCGGCGCCAUCCUGCCCAAGGAGGAGGUGGAGGACUUCGGCGACCUUGGCGGCGACGACUGGCUCGCGGGGAUCAACCUCGACGACCUGCAGAUGCCCGGGGACGCCGACUUCUUUGGCAACAUGCUGUCGCCGAUGGCCGCCAAGAUGGAGCAGGACGCCGGCUUCCCCUUCUUCUGAGAUCCUCUGCGACUCCGAGGACGGAUUCAGCUCAACUGUGUAUAGUUCAGAUUUCUUCAGGAUUCAGAGAAAACAAACAAAAAACAAAUUCUGCUAAUAUCUGGUUGUAGUGGUGUAGUGCAGAAGUAGCAGUAUGCUGGUCAGUUAUUAAGAUUGAAGUUCAUUGUAGUACUCUACUGAUGCUCAUCACUUGAGCUGUGAUAAGUGACAACAUUCUUUCGUUUGUGCUCUGCAAAUUCUUCAAUGCUCAGAAUAUAUUGAUUCAGAUGGGUAAUGCCAAUUCCGCCGUGUUA